AUGAAACCUCUCCUCCUCCUCAAGCUCCUGUUCUUUUAUUACAGCGUGCCGGAGAUACCGUAUUCUUCGCCGGCGUGCAAUUUUCCGGCCAUCAUCAACUUCGGCGACUCUAACUCUGACACCGGCGGGUUAUCGGCGACCUUCGGCCUGACUCCACCCCCGUAUGGCGAGACCUUCUUUCAUAUGCCGGCGGGUCGAUACUCCGACGGCCGUCUUAUCAUCGAUUUCAUCGCAAAGAGCUUUGGGCAUCCUUUCCUGAGCUCCUACCUGGAUUCGCUGGGCACAAAUUACAGCCAUGGAGUUAACCUCGCCACCGCAGCUUCCACCAUUAUAGAUCAAAACAUCUCUUUGUCACAGGGAGGAUACAGCCCCUUCUUUCUCGCCGUACAGGUUAUGCAGUUCUCCCAAUUCAUUCCCAGGUCUCAAUUAGUCGCCAAGCGAGGACGGUUCUUCGAAUCCUUGAUGCCAAAGAAGGAAUACUUCAACCAAUCUCUUUAUACCAUCGACAUCGGGCAGAAUGACAUCACCGCCGGCUUGGACGCCGGAAAAACGUAUGACGAGUUCAUUCCACAGACGUUAUCCGCCUUCUCCGGCGAUGUUAAGAGCAUGUAUGCCCUGGGGGCGAGGUAUUUCUGGAUUCACAACACCGGCCCACUCGGUUGCCUCGCGUACGUCCUGCUCCGACGAAACAUCACCGCUGUCGGCGAGCUUGAUUCAGCCGGCUGUGCUGUCUUCUACAACAAGGCGGCACAGCAGUUCAACAAAAAGCUCAACGAGACUUUAGUGGAGAUGAGGAAGGAGCUGCCUCUUGCCGUUAUCACUUACGUGGAUAUUUACUCCGCGAAGUACUCGCUCUUCCUCGAGCCCGCGAAAUACGGGUUUGAGGACCCUCUAAAGGUAUGCUGCGGGUACGGCGAUGGCAAGUACAAUUUCGACUACGACAUCCAGUGUGGGGGCACGGCGACGGUGAACGGCAGCGAGGUUUUGCUUGGAAGAUCGUGCCGCGAGCCAUCAAAAAAGGUGGUGUGGGACGGAGUUCACUACACUGAUGCCGCGAAUAAGGUGGUGUUUGACCUGAUCUCUACCGGGAGACCUGGGGAGAACAUUUUUUGGGAUGGUUUUGAGGUUUUCGAUCCCUCUACUAUCCAAUCCGACUUUGGGAACUAUGUCUUCAUUUCCUGGGUUUACUUCACGGUGUUCCAAAGGCAACAGUGGUGGCAUUAUAGCUAUUUGACGAUGAUGAGCUCGACCUUCCUCUACCCUCUCGAGCUACGGACGGCUAGUAUGGCAACCUGGCUCGAUCUCCUGGGUAACUUGUCGCUUCCUGGUGGUCCUGAGAUGGCCUUUAGUCUGACCGCCCCCUGCUUUCAGCUUCGUUUAUCGCCUUCAGCUGACCGCGUAGUUGACCGUCCACCCGCCGAGGCUGCCCGCACCUGCCAGCGGCCGCCCGCUCGCCUGAGCCUGCCAGCUCACCUACCUGCUCGCGCCCACGCCUGCUUGCUUGCAUCUACGCCAGCUCACUUAUGUCCGCACCAGCCGCCGCCUACCACUUGCAGCCCGCCAUUCCGCCGUCCCAUCAAUGCCAGAAAGCGGAACCAUGUCGAGUCGGGUCAACCCGGCAACCCGAUGGGUUGGGUCUGGGCCAAAUUUUCGACCCGUCUAUAUUCCCGGGUCAGGUUAGGGUCUACCCAUUUAAACCCGGGUAAGUUCCGGGUUUGA